CACUAAUUUCUUAUAACGUUUUCAAAGAAAGUUUGUUGUUGUUUACAUAUUAUAAAGGAACCAUGAAUAAAGAUCUAUCCAGCAUGCAAAUGGAUCCCCAUUUGGCCUAUCGGCUAUUAGCCGACGGGGCUGUGUUGGUUAUAGCCGGUGUACCAGUGGGAACAGAAUUUGGCGUAGAUCUUUGCGCCUACACAAUUGGACCGGACUUCAGAGGCGUCAAGAUGAUUCCUCCGGGUAUGCAUUAUGUUUGGUGCGCCUCCUGCGGACCGUAUGGAGAUGCAGCUCCUCGUGUGGGAUUCGUUCACUAUUUUCAUCCAAAUGAGAUACUAGUAAGAGAAUGGGACAAGGAACUCGAGGAGCUGCGUCCUAGACAAAUAGCUGACCCAGAAGAAGAACGCCAACGCAUCAAAAAGAAUCUAGCACAAUUAGAGCGAGUGCUGGCCCCUUACGACUAUCGCUAUGUUGGCCCAUGGAAGGAAUUGACAGGCACUGUGACGGAAGCUUGUGUAAAUCGUUGCCGUCCUGCGCAUGCCUCAGGCACAAUACGCACCAAUAUUGAGCUACAAUCAUGCCCAGAUGCGGAUAGGCCACGGGGCCCAGGAUCUUCAAAACGUAAUACAGCUGCAAGACUUUUAAUGGACGAGAGUGAAUUGCUGCCACAGUUAAAGCCAGUAGAAGGGACUGCUCCGCGUUUCACUGAGGUGCCUCAGCGGGUACCUGUCGACGCUUUGCCAGCUGAUGUUUCCCGCCAUGCCAUGGAUUGCAUCGCCGCCAUUGACACUCUGCUGGACAAGUUUCCCAAAGACGAAUUAUCCCCCGAUGACAAACUCAUUAGCGAACUGCAAAUUGCCUAUGUGUUCUUUUUGGUGGGCUACUCGGUGGAAUCAUUGGCCCAUUGGCGUAAAUUGCUCGCUCUCCUAUCCCAUUCCGAGACAGCGAUCAUUAAAUAUAAGUUAUUCUACAUGAAAUACACCGAAGUCUUGGCGCAUCAAUUGCCACAUUUACCCGAGGAACUCAUGUGUCCAGGUCCACAGAACACAGUCUUCAAGGAUGUUCGCGAACUUUUGGUUAAUCUGCAUGCUGGCGGCCUACGCGUUAGUGCCGAACGUUUAGCAAAACGUUUGGCCAAACAAUUGAAUUGGAUAUUUGAGAAUCUACUCGAUGAGGAUCCCGAGGAGCAGCCAGUUAUCAUAGAGCUUCCCGAAAUUGUAGAGAGCUCCUAGAUAAUUAUAAAUUUGUUUAGAAUAAUUGCAUAAUUAUAAGGUUUAGUUACUUGUGUAUUUGCUUGGACAUUUUCGAAACAUAAUAUUGGAUAUACAUAUGUAUCUCGUCGAUCGAAA